UACAGAGCGCUGCUGCUGCUCCUCGCAGUAGCAGCAUCAAAGAGAGCGGCGAGGACUCCUCGUCGCGCUCCGUCAAAAGUGCGCGGCCAAACAGGAUGGAGGAGCCGACGGGGGGCCGUUACGCCCGUUAUCAUCGUCAUCGGCUGUUCUUCGCUCUCCUCGUCAUCGCAUUGACAACGACGAGGACUGCGCUUGGAAUCGACCUGGCCAGGCUCUACGGACACACCGCCGUCAAACGCACCGAAGGCGAGUCCUGCCAUCCGUACAAGCCGUUCAAAUGCCCGGAGGACAACACGUGCAUCUCGAUACAAUACCUGUGCGACGGGGCGCCGGACUGCCGGGAAGGCUACGACGAGGAUCCACGACUCUGUACCGCUGCUAAAAGACCACCUGUGGAGGAAACGGCGAGCUUCUUACAAGCUCUGCUGGCAAGUCAUGGACCUAAUUAUCUCGAAAAGCUCUUUGGCAGCAAGGCGAGGGAUGCCCUGGCGCCCCUCGGCGGAGUGAACAAAGUUGCGAUUGCCCUGUCGGAAUCGCAAACGAUCGAGGACUUCGGUGCGGCGCUGCACCUCAUGCGCUCGGACCUGGAGCAUCUGCGCUCGGUCUUCAUGGCGGUGGAGAACGGCGACCUCGGACUGCUCAAGUCCCUCGGCAUCAAGGACUCGGAGCUGGGCGACGUCAAGUUCUUCCUGGAGAAGCUCGUCGAUACCGGCUUCCUCGACUGAACGGAUCGUCGACCGCUACGCGUCCUCCCAACGACGAUUGCCGGUCACGACGUGUUCAGCAGCAGCAGCGCAGCUUCACCAUGAAAGAACUGAACCAGCAUCCCUUCCGCCGAGUUUUUGUACCCGCCAUGCCUAACCGCACACUCAGCCGCUCUUCUCAGGUCGAGGGGUUAUCCGUCGACUCUCGAGCGAAGGUCGGAGUGAGUUUUGAUGUUUGAGGUUGAUCGUCAGGGUUGACUUGGACACUCGUUUUUUCCAUAGAAUCAACGUAGACCUGUAGAACUAAAAGUCCUUAGUAGUAUAUUGAUAAAAGAUUAUCACCUGAAUUACGGCAAAAACAUCGGAUGGCUGAUCCAAACGGUGUCACGUCAACCUCUAACGUCAACGCUCAACCUGCCCUUCGCUCCGGAGCCGAAGCUUCAAAACAGACACACAUAUCGCGACUAAAGUGAACAAACCACAAAAUGAAAGUAAGAAUGAGCAAGUGAGUGCGUGUGUUGAAGAAGCGUCAACAUCAGCAUUAGGGUGUGCUAAAGCGAGAACAGCGUUUCGAUCGCGCUUGUAACGAAUCACCUCGUUGUACUCUAUGAGGUGAUAAUCUCGCAAAGCUUUGCGAAAAUCCUCCUGGUUUCCCUUCAGAUCAAAGCUAACACGCGGAUAAAUUCCGGAGCGAAAUCCCCCAGUAAAUUUCAGCCGACAUCCGCAAUCCCUCGAGGGUGACGAAACGCUGCAUAGAGGACGAAAUAACGAGCUUCCGCCGGAAAACGUCGGAGUAGGUAUACUACAGCCCACAAUCCACCUACACACACAAGUCCAGAGUACAUAUUAUAUGCAAUUCAUUGUGAUGUUGUAAAACGUUGCAAGCGUGACGCGAGACAAAUGCACGACGAGAUGGCCGGUUGUAUAUGUGGGUAUAUACCUAUAUGCACAUUGAAGACCUGCGUCAUCAUCGUUCAGAAGCGUAUAGCGGUUUGACGAUAACGGCUCAGUUUUGAGCAAUCGCCAUUGUGAUUAAUAGCCGAGAUCGACACCCUUAAGUAUCACGCGCAAGAAAGUAAUCGAAAACAUAUCAACGUGUGCUAGUUUACUACUAUGAUACCGGAUUUUAAUAUUAUAUGAAUAUGUAAACCCUCUCAUCGGUUUUUCUCGACAAACACCCACCCCCAAGUUUAUUGAUAAAACAAAGCAAAUAACAUUCACUCUAUGUAUCCGAGCGAGCAUUUUUAGACAAAGUGUAUUAACACGAUUGGGGGACAAAGCAGACUUUAAGAAUUUUAGAUAAAAAACAGAGAAAGAGAAAAGCAAAGUAUAUUAUUAUAUACAUAUACGAGAUAAAAAGGAAAACAAAACAUAUAUUAUAAAUGAAAUAGAUAUAUAUAUAUAUAUUAUUAUUAUUACAUUAUAUAUAUAAUUAUAUAUUAUACAUAUCCAGAGAAUUUUAAAGGGAUGGGGAUUGAAGAAGUAGAUUGAGGACGAGGCUCGAUUAGGUCGGUUCGCGUUGACGUCAUGACGCAAUGUGGAGAUGAGAGCAGACGCGCAGGAAAGGCAUAUAUCGAGAGCUGAGAAGCGCGCGACGCGACGACGAUGUAUUAGACGCUUCCGACUAUGUUUGAUAAAGGCUUUUGCGUUACUCCUUCGACACUUCUCUUCCCGGCAGAGCAAACACACGGACGAUAUGCUUCUUAUUCUUUUGGUCAUUGAGAUCUUUUUAUAACGUCGUUUUACAAACCUUGGGAGCUUGUUUGUGACGCGCAAAUAUUUUAUCGCACCGAGCGCGUAUAAUAUGGGAUGUGGAUGAUUUUUGAUAUGACGACAAAUUUUUCUCCGGCUAUAUGCACGGAUUAUAUUUUUUGUAAGCUUUUUCCAAAUGUAUUUUUUAGAAAAAAAAACCAGCUGGUAUUGAUAAUAUGCUUCCCACGUAGUGAUGUUCUUGAUGAUAGUUUGGGAAUAUAGGGUCGCUGUUCUCGAUUCCCUUGGAUCUGAAUUUUCGAUGUUUUCGGUGGAAUAUUUCAUGUUUGACCAGUCUGUUUGAUUUGGGAUCCCAAGUACUUUUCUUCUUCAGUGAGUUUGAUUACAAUUGUUGGACAAAAAUAUUGGAUAAUCAAAUUUAGGUUUAUUCAAUUUUACAGUACGUCAGGUUCAAAGGAAUCGAGAACAGCAGAUUACCCCAUCACAAGCUUCAAAAUCUAACAAUCUCUCGACAAUCACUAGACCCAAAAUGACCCUUACCAGCUUAAUUAUCGCUGAAUCCGACAAUCCUACUUGCUCUUCCUGCUGAAAUCGUCAAAUUAUUAAAACCCGUAAGCUGAUAAGACACUCCUUGACUAUAUUUAACAAAUUAGGCGAUUCAAACUAAUUCAAGAUAUGCUCGCAGCCGGUUAAAAGAUCUGAAUUUAGGUGUUCUUAAUUAUAAUCCCGGACUAUCUCUUUACAUAUCAAUUAUAUCUGGAUCUAAUACAGCAGGUGUUCAAUUUCAUUAAAAAAAAAAUUAUCAGUUUUCAAAACAUUUGAAUUCAAAAACACCAAAUAAUCGUCGAAGUCACAACAACGUGCUCUCGCGUUUGCCAAUGAGACGAGAGAUAGAAACGGAGAAUCGACGAGGACAACCGAUCCAACCACGAAGACAUAUCAUAAAGUAUACUAUAUAAGGAAAAGAAAGUAAAAAUUUUAAAGUAUAAAAAAAAAAGAUUACUAUCAUUGCUUACAGCGCGAACGCAGAGCCGAUAGAUAUACAAGAAAAGUGUUUUAUCAUAAUUACACUAGUAAUGAGGGCAAGAGUAAAAAAAACACAUUUUAAGGAGCGCAAUUAUCGCAGUAGUAUAUAUCUGAGAAUAAGAUUUAAAGCGUCUUUUUUCUCCUUUACCUUCGUUAGUCGCUUGUAACAAGGCAACAAUAUGCGAGAAUAAUAAACGGGCAAAGUGCAGCCGCGCGCGAUCUUUUCUUCCUUUAUUUUUCGUCCGCGAUAACGCUCUGAUGAGAUUGAAUCGAUAUUAACGAGCGGAGCAUAAUAACCGAAUCGAGGCAGACACUCGACAAAACUGUUUGUAGUACACACUUAUUGAAUUUCGAACGGUCAUGAAAGUAUCGCAAUCGCACUGAACAUAUCGUAAUUAUUAAGCAUAUAUAGCUAUCAAAGUUACAAAUACAGACAUAUCAAUGCAAAGUAAUUAUACAGCGAUUAUGUAUUAUUAUACACACACAAUUACAAUUAUUAGUAUAUAACGUAUACAACAGUUGUACUUAUAUAUAGAUAUUAUUCAUAUACUAUAUUGUGGAGAUUUUAUGGGCAGUAUCGCGGGAUGUUCCGCGAGAGGUUCGCGUCAUUCGACGGAAAGAUUCGAUAUGCUUUUCUUUCCAUUCACAACUAUCGUUUGAAAUACGUUGCGAUUAUCCAUAUCAUUGGGUACUUUGUUUUCACAAUUUUCGAUAAUUUCGAAACAAUACAUCCUCUGCACUGGGCACAAUCGACUUAAAUCAGCUCUGAUAGCUGUAGUCGGUGCCGCAGAGUCGAUAGUUUCCUGCCUUAAAAAAUAAUCGAGGUAUUUGAUGAUGAAGGAAUCUCGAUAAUACGUUAUGAUUGAUGUUAGGGAAUGAUUUAUUCAGCUUUGAGUAUCAGAUGCUGUCCCCAACCCAUCCUUUCGUGCAGUUUUCGUUUGGUUUCUAGACAGCCGAUGAAGCAUUAGAAUUUAAUCUUUUCAAAGAAACAAUGCAUUAUUUUUUUUAAUUUCUAUUUUUGGUUAGAUAUCUGAAACGGACAUCUGUCAAGAAACCGGUAUUUACGUGCAGUUUUCAACCGGUUUCCGCAGGUUGUCGUCAGUCACAUGAUUAGUUAUGAACGAAAUCUGAUAAAAAGUAAAAAAAAAGUUAAAAUGUGAUCGUUUCGGAAAAUUUCGGUUAACCGAGUAGCUGGCCAGGAACUAGCAUUUCGUGCAGUUUUCGACUAGUUUCUAGCCAGUUUACCAGUGACUCAAGCAUUCGUUCGAUUCGCUCCUAAUUUCACUCGUUACCGGGAUUCCUUCGUCGAUCAACAGCUCGAAUAUUCGUCGAACCUCUUUUCAAAGAAACAAGGUGACUCGGCAGGAAUUCGUCCUCGCAAAUCUUGGUUAGAAACUAAUCUUUUAGUGCAGUUUUCGACUAGUUUUUAUCCAACAACGCGAGCUCGAUUUGCUACCGAUGCUACCGAUCCUUGUCACCUGAUUCACCCUUACGAACCGAUAAUUUCCACCUUAAAGCAAUGCGUUACAUAAAAGUACGUGUCGAGUGACCUCAGAAGGUCAAACUCGCGGAAGCCUCGAUGCCGUCCCGCUUAUAAGCAUAUCCUUAGAAACUAAUGAAAGUAAACAAUAUUUUGCUAUAUCGAAGAGAGUGAAACCCCCUGGUGUCCGACCUCAUCGAUCUCCCGUCAGCCCACAGCGGCAACCAAAAGUCCGACGCCGGAAACUGCUCGAAAACGUCGUGCUCACAAAAAAAAAUAAUUUUAAACCUCGAACAAAACCAGCACCACUACGUGUCUCUCCAUUAAUUUUUCGAUCUCUCUGUGUCGAUAUAGUCCACACUCUAGCUGUUGUUAUUAUUACACGUCCUAAAAAUAAAAAAAAAAAUCGAGCCAAGUUUUGCAGACCACACGGUGGAUCGUGCACUUGCAGGACGACGUCCUUCGCUCGGCCGACACGUUUCGCGCUUCAACGGCGUUCGCGGUGCAAAUAUUCUAGGGCCUGUGCCGUCAAAGCUCCGCUUUGAGCUUGGCGAUCGUGUGUACACUCCUACCGCGUGUUUGAGACGUACAGAAGCACGAGGUUGUGCUGAUGACUCUGCCUGUCCAGCUCUGGUCACAUUACGUAUCAAUAUUGUAUUAUCGAUGUAAUGCGUGUAAUGUAGUGGGUAGAAACACCAAAAUGGUGUUUACGUGUAAUAUCGAUGUCGUAGAGGUAGAAAAGUAAAUUUCGAAUACAUUAAUAAGUACAUGAAUAACAUAUAAGACAUUUCAUUCCAAAAUUUUUUCAAAUUUUUCGUUUGCUUAUGAUUCCAGAAGACGAAUAUACGAUAUUAUAAUAAGAGAGCGUCGCUUGACCGAAUACUAAUAAUAAUAGAACUAUAUAUAACCAAUCGUAGUCGAAAAGUACUCGCUAUAUCAGAGUACGAGUAGUGAAGCAUUCCAAAAAUGAAAAAAAUCGAAAAAUACAUUAAAAAAUAACAAAAACAGAACAAUCACCGUAACUGUCGAUCAGGCAAAGCCACGACUGAAUAGAAUAAAUCGUCGUCAACCCAACAUCCAAAAUCAAGCUCUAUCCCACUGAGACAAAAACAAACUAAACCUAGCUCGUAAGAAGCAGCAAUGCUUAUAUCUAAUCCUCGAUGUUUCAAAUAAGUGUAUUCUAUAAUCAAGACCAGUCGCUGAGACAGAGCAAUAGUCGAGCAAGUCACCCCUACGUGCCCCGACAAGCUCGGCCCGGAAGCCAGAACGACCCCCAUUCGCGAGGGAGAUAGCCCCGAUGAGGUCGGAAGCCGAUCGCCACACCAGGGCAGAGAUGAAAGCGCGCACCCGACGUCCGUCCGCCGACACAAGCUCUUUCCUCCCACGUCGACUACCGUCGAUGAGCUCUGAGUUCCCAUGUCCGACCGGUGUCCAACCGUUGCAUCCGGGUCACUUCUAAGCCGACAUAAAAGUGCGCAAUGUCUCAUUACGCUCAUGGGGAACGUCGCUCCUUUCAAGCGCCCCUCAUGCAUCGGCUCGAGAACCGCGAAAGUGGCAUCGCGGCCCACACUCCCCACCUGCGAACUCACCGCAUCAUCGACCGGUUAUGUCCGACCACGGGAUAUCACGUGGAACCGCUUCUCGGCACAUACCGACGGAGCUAGAAGGAUGUGUCCUCGACCACGAGCACAUCCCGCUGACAUACUCACGGCGAUUGGACUCUUCCUCCGCGCGAAAUGCGAGAGAGGUGGUAUCGAUCGUCGUCUACUACAACGCCGAGGGUAUUAUACGAAUUUAGCUCUCUCGAUGCAUCGUUAACGCCGCGGAGGUACGUGUCAGAGUCGAAUCGCCGUCGAGGAUCGUCGCGUCGGAAGUUAUGCGCGAGGAGGUUUUUUCGGGUUUAUCGACAGACAUAUCACUAGGUUUAUAUCGACGUGUAACGCUAUGGUUAUCUUUAUAGAGGAGAGUUUGUUGUAGGAGGGAAAUUUUGAGACCUUUUUGAGGGCUUUCGAGAGCACACUUUUAGACGUAGACGUUCUUGGUGUUUCGGAUGAAAUGGGAAGCAUCGCAGAAGUCGUCGCUUUGAGAACGGGUCGUUCGGAGAUGCAUGAAUUUGAAUUGAAGGUUUUCAAGGCCGGCUGUAAACCAGAUUUUCGUGCAGUUUUCGCUCGGUCUGCAGUCAGCCUUUAAUCACGGAGAAUUUUCCAUCGCAAAGUCCUUUGUUGGGGAGACGACCCAAAGGUAUACACGACGGGUUAACUCAAGAGCGCGACGUCUCGAAAAUUCUGCAGCGAGUGCCUGCUUUUUGUGCUUUAGUACAUAUAUAUGACACAAGUGAUAUACACGAGUUUUAGUACACAGAUCACUGAUUAUAUUGUAUAAUGUUUACAGUUUAAACGUGAAAAUAUGUAGCAACACCAAAAGUAGACGAAUUUGCGUUACAGAGACGAUUUCGUUUCUCCUUAUUGUCGAGUAUACAUGAAUUGUGCACCAGUACAGAGUUCGAGAGAAUUAUAUAGAUAUAUUACAUGCGAUUCUAUAUAUAUUGAUACAUCUAAACAAAAGUCAGUAAUAAAGUAUAAUGCCGUUUCAAGUGAAAAAUCUCUAUGUGUGAUAACUGUGUACAUAUCAUUCGCAACUAAGAUUGAUGAUAUUAAUUAAUAAGCGACUCGUAGCGCAUAAGAGGUAUUUAUUUAAGGAAACUGAAAUCCCCAUCCAAUGAUCCCCUUAUAUGUGUGUCUGUAUCGCGUGAAUUAUACACGCACGAGGACCGAGUGUGCGGCCGUGAGUGUAUAAUGCAGAGAUAAUAAAUUAUAUUAACUAUUAAGUCAAACACUA